AACACAUCACCAUCUAUCAAACGAAAGCUUAGUAAAUUAGCCCAUCCUUUUCUUUUUCUACAAAGACUAACCUAAAAGCCUAAACAAGAAAAAUGACUAGUCGUGCUUUGGUGCCUGCAGCAGCCCAUGUCAAGCCUACUCAACAGGCAUUGGCUAGGCGGGAACGCCCGGUUUUCUCGUUGUCGGAUGAUCAUGCUAUGUCCAAGAAAAUCCUGGAUACUCACAAUCCUGAUGGUCGUGAAGUUGAUGUUAACAUCAUCCUCCACAUAGCUGAGGAGAUUUUCAAACAGGCCUAUCCGGCUGGCAUUGACGGCAUGCUUCACGGGGCUCAUCAACAUGAAGGCAAUAUUGAAGCAUUGAAGCUAGAAGAGAAGGCCUCACUUGCCUUUGAUGGCAUCCUCGAAGGAUUGGCUUAUAUCAUACACAAAGUCUCUUGUGAGUUGACAUGCAAGUGCUCAAGUGGAGGUGAUACACAUUCAACAACAAUGGCAAUCUUAGGGAUGCUCUCUGGCUAUCAAUGGGACGCAAAACUUGUCAUAUCUUUAUCAGCAUUUGCUGUUACUUAUGGUGAAUUUUGGCUUGUGGCUCAGAUGUUUGCCACUCAUCCCUUGGCCAAAUCUGUGGCCAUCUUAAAACAACUACCAGAUAUCAUGGAACACCAAGGUAGCCUCAGGUCCCGAUUCGAUGCCAUCAAAGAACUCAUAAAUGCCAUUUUGGAAGUAACCAAGAUCAUAAUCGAAUUCAAGAAACUUCCUUCUCAGUACAUCACUGAAGAUCAACCACCUUUGUCUGUCGCGAUUACUCACAUUCCUGUUGCUGUUUAUUGGACUAUUAAAAGUAUUGUUGCUUGUGCUACCCAACUUACUACCCUUCUUGGAAUGAGCUAUGAUAUGAUAGUAGCUAGCACGGCAGACACAUGGGAAAUGUCAAGCUCAACACACAAGCUGAGAAACAUAAGUGAACACCUCAGAGCUGAAUUAAAUCGUUGCUAUCAGCAUAUUCAGGAAAAGAUGCACGUUGAGUACUAUCAGAUGCUGGUGCACCUAUUUGAGGCAACACAAUUCGACAACAUGAAGAUAAACAGGGCGAUGAUUUAUAUCAAGGAUGACAUACUUCCACUUGAAAUAGGAACCACUCACACGAGGGCUAAUAUUGAAGUGCUGAGAAGAAAGACUGUUCUACUGCUGCUGUCUGAUCUUGAUGCCAGCCCUGAGGAGAUAUUAGUACUGUCCCAAUUUUACAUUGAGUCAAGAUCAAGGCCAGAAUUUCAAUACGAAAUAGUGUGGCUUCCGAUUGUGGAUCGAUCGAAGGGAUGGAGUGAUGUGCAGGAACAGAAGUUUAAGGAGCUGCAAGCACUUAUGCCAUGGUACACGUUGCACCAUCCAUCUUUAUUAGAGCCAGCAAUCGUCAAGUUCGUCAAAGAAAGGUGGCAUUUCUCCAAGAAAAUGAUGCUUGUAACCUUGGAUCCACAACAAGGCAAAGUUGCGUGUCCAAAUGCUAUUCACAUGGCUUGGAUUUGGGGAAAUUUGGCCUAUCCCUUCACUAUUUCCAAAGAGGAGGCUCUCUGGAGUGUGGAAUCUUGGAGGCUAGAGCUCGUUGUCGAUGGCAUUGAUCAGAAUUUAAUCGAAUGGAUGUCAAGUGGGAGGUUUAUCUGUUUAUAUGGAGGAGAAGACAUAGAAUGGAUCCGUAAUUUCACAAAAUCAGCACGGAACGUGGCAAAGAAAGCUGGGAUUGACCUACAAUUGAUGUAUGUAGGAAAGAGCAACAACAAGGAGAGAGUUCGAAGGAUCAACAACAUCGUAACAGCAGAAAAUCUGAGUCACUGCUUGAUGGACUUAACAUCAGUUUGGUACUUCUGGACAAGAAUUGAGAGCAUGUUCUACUCCAAAAUGCAGCUGGGAAAAACCAUCCAAGACGAUAAAAUUAUGCAAGAAGUGUUGACAAUGCUGAGCUUCGAUGGAAGUGAUCAAGGGUGGGCGCUCAUAAGCAGGGGAUCAUUCGAGAUGGCUCGAGCUAAAAGUGAGAUAAUCACCAAGACAUUGGACGAUUACACAAUUUGGGAGGAAGAUGCUAGGCUUAAAGGAUUUGUGCCUGCACUUAUCGACUAUUUCUUGCAGUUGCACACUCCUCAGCAUUGCAAUCGCCUAAUUCUUCCGGGGCUUGAUGGUGAUAUACCUGAAAUGAUUGUGUGCGCGGAAUGUGGAAGACCAAUGGAGAGGUUCUUCAUGUACCGUUGUUGCACUGAUUGAGGGUUUUUUUCUGUGCAAUCUGUUGCUUGCUUUGAUAUAAUAUGCAAGUUCUAGUUUUCUAUGUUUUUUGUUGUCUAAAAUAAUUGGUUGGUCUUUUGUACCACAUUCUGUUUGUACUAUUAUGUAAGUCAUACAUUGUAAUGUAAUUUUCUAGCUCUCAAAGGAUUCGAUGUCUUUGAUCAGCUCUAGACUACUAUUUGAGUGUGUAAUAAUUUAUAGGUAAUGAAAUUGAGGCAUGUAUCUUUUAGUUA